AUGGCUUCAACAGAGCAUCAUACCAGCCCUGAAGAGCAUGCAUCUUUUCUCGCUCAUCGAGAACUCGAGCAAGCCGCUGACAAUGCCAAUACGACAGAGAACGGUCCUAGUCGACCACCACAGCAAACCAUCUCAUUACGAUAUCGCAAGCGCAAUAUUUACCUCCUCAUCUUCUAUGCCCUCCUACUGGUAAUCCCGUGGGUCCUUACUUGCGUGCUCGCGGGCCCACCAGCGCGAAAAGGAGGAAGUGGGCAGCCCUAUUUCCCUCAGUCAGGGUUAUCAGCUCAUGGAAUAUACUCGAUGUUGAGCUGGGUGGCUGCGGUGCGAACCCUCAAUUCUAUCGCCGGUGUGAUCACCAUUCCAGUUAUAUCUGCACUCCUGGCACAGGCAGCGGUGGUGUACACGCAAAAGCGCAAGAUCAACCAAACGCUCAAUUUGCGUCAGACCUUUGUCCUGGCGGAUCGCCGGUGGUCAGAUCCAACAGUCAUUGUGGAAGCAUUUAGGAGCACGGGAAGUGGGAUUUCAAGUCGUUUCUUAUGGCUAGGAAUGGCCUUAGUCUUGCUCAGCGCCGCUCAACACCCAAUCCAGCAGCUCCUCGUGUCUUGGGAGUCGGUCCCCGUAAUGACUUGCCUUGACGACCCCUCUGGGUCAUGUGGGUGGACGGCCCCCGUCGUGGUUGGUUAUGAUCCUGAACCAGCGGACCUUGCCACGAUCCGCCAGAACCGGGUCGUCCAAGAAGUCAUGUCUAGCUUGGCUAUAUUCAACGAACUAGAUUUUGAGACACACAUGUGGCCUGAUCCAUCGUACUUGUCCGACGAACGAAACAGAAGCGGCGAUCCACCGUUCAGACAGACAUUGCGGUACUGGACAGACAAAAGGUCAGAUCCCCUCUUCACACCGACGGACAAAUCAGCAAACUUCUUCGUUACUGCGCUCCAGAAUGGGACGGCGACGGGGGUCCUCCGGGAGCAUGCCAUUCGGCUCAAUUCGUCUGCAGUGUGCGAGAAGAUUCCACCGGCCGAAUUCCCUUCGACCUGUCUCAGGAAACGGCCCUUUAAGACCUCGUUUUCCCACCCUCUACUAGACAUCCGGGUGUGCGUUCCAGGAGAGUACGGGGUAUUUCCCUGGACGUUAAGUCGCCAUCGGCAAGACAUCAACGAGCAUUUGUUCUUAGACGUAGUCGACCGGAGAAAUGUAGGACUCUCUCUCUCCAUUGCGAAUUUCACGCUUCAUUGCACCGCAUCAACCACACGGGGCUAUUUCGAGCUAGGAAACUACAUGAACUCCCAAGUAUAUGGCCCACUGAUAGAUAGAUGGCCAGAUGCCGAGACAAUGGUGGAGAAUUUCAACGACGAAUUAAGCCUAGCCGCGGGCAACGGUGGUGGGCCCCCAACCGAACAGGAUGAGACAGACGGCUACCAUUACUACAACUUAAACUUUUGGACAAGAGAGCCCGCCGACCCAUACGGGACAUAUAUGCUAAAUAUGCCCGGUCCUCUCAUGACAUCAGCCAUCGCCCUCUUCGGCAACCAAUCCUUUUUCGAGGUUGCUGCGAAUUCCACCAACAAGACCUUCCCGCCAGCAAUACAGCAGAUCUGCCAGCAAGGCCGGAUUCCCUUCUCCAAUCUAGCCAUCGCAAUAUUCGGGGACUUCCAGGGUGACUGUUACGCCAUCGCUGCCGACAACAAUCGAUUGUCGUGGGGUUCCCCCGAUCCCCAGGAAUGGCUGGCGGCUUUCCUUGGGAACUGGUUUUAUUCGUUUAACAAUACGAAUGAUGCAGAGUUGGCUCUGCUUGCCAGCAUGUACGUCUCCAACAGAGCCAUGCUAACCCAAACUGUGACAGGAUCUUUUGCCUUCUCGGCGCGUCAGAUCAAGUUUGGUGGUGGGAUGCUAGUGCCUUUGCCUCAAAAGACUCUUGCGGGUACGGUGGUUGUUACCAUCCUGAUCUUUCUGCAGCUUCUGGGGCUUCUUGCCUUGACAUAUUAUAUCUACCAGCUGCCUACGUGGACGCAUGCCCUGGACGCCGUGGCAGUUGCUCGGAUGAGUAUCGGACUGAAUGAUCCUGUGAUGCGCGAAUUAGCUCACGGAGGGGAGAUAGAUCAGGCCAAAUUAAAAAAAAUUGACGGCUUGGUGGGCUUGGACAAUGAUAUGGCUAACGUGGUACUGGGUGGUCCUGAAGUGAUUACCCGGAGACAUGCAAUGAAACCGAAGAAGAAAGCGGAUGGAGAGUAA